CAAAUGUCAUUAGAACACUUAUCACUCACCUAGGUACUUUGAUUUGAUAAUAUUCGCCAGUGUCUUAAUUUAUGGCCAGAAAACUGUUGUUUUCCUUGUAGAAUCAGUUUGUUCAUGAGUUUUUCCCAUUGCAAUGGCUACUGCGUCUGAAGUGCGAGCGCUGUUCGAAGCACGGUUAAAGGAUGGAAUACCAAAUCCGCCAGGAGAAUUCAAUCCCUCGGACUUAGAAAGAGUUAAAGAUGAUAAAUACAUAAAUCGGAUUAUAGCUCAUAUGGAGAAUAAUGUACAACUCGCCGCUGACAUGUUAUGGGACAUCAUGGUCUGGCGGAAGACGGUUGGAGCCAACGAGCUCAAUGAGAGCAAUAUCAGGAUGGAUUAUGUCCAAGAAGGUACAUUCUUCCCCCACGGACGAGAUAUUGACGGGAGUCUCCUCAUGGUAAUAAAGUCAAAACACCACGUCAAAGGCCAGAAAGACAUGGAGGAGAUAAAAAAGAUCGUCAUCUACUGGUUUGACAGAAUAGAAAGAGAAGAAGGAGGCAAGAAGAUCUCUCUCUUCUUUGAUAUGGACGGUUGUGGCCUCGGCAAUAUGGAUAUGGAGCUGAUUAAGUAUCUUAUAACGCUCCUAAAGCUGUACUAUCCGUUUUUCCUGAACUACAUAAUCAUUUACCAGAUGCCGUGGGUCUUGUCAGCUGCCUUCAAAGUGGUGAAGACUCUCCUACCAGCAAAGGCUGUUGAAAAAAUGAAGUUUGUCACAAAAGAUACUUUGAAAGAUAUUGUGGCACCUGAUCAAGCGUUGGUCUGCUGGGGCGGUCGAAAUGAGUAUGUCUUCAAAUUCGUGCCAGAGAAUAGAUCAGAACAGACCCCAGCAAAGAAGGUUACUUUCGCUGAACAAGGAGACAACCAGCACUCCUUGGGCGAGAUGCUAAGAUUAGUGCCAAAUGACGUAAUAGUCUUCAAAACCGACAGUGAUGAGGUGUCAGGGCAGUUCACGAUCACAAAUAUGGACGAAAGUGCUAUCUCCUUCAAGAUCAGAACAACUUCUCCAGAAAAGUUUAGAGUGAGACCUAGUUCAGGAAUCCUGGGACCUGGUUUGUCGCAAACUGUCACCAUUGUCGUCCAAGCGGGCUUCCAAACCAGAUCUUCGACGAAGGACCGGUUUUUGGUCAUGUCUGUACAAAUACCAAAGACAGAUUUGACCCAGAAGGAACUGGCUGAAGUUUGGCAGAACUCGUCCAGCAGUAAGGUUGACGAGUACCGUCUCAAAUGCCAAUUCCCUGAGAACAAUUUGACGAGAAACGGAAACUUGGUGGAAGGGAAAAGCAAUAUUGGAUCCGACUCAGUCACUAAUGCUUUGAACAACUUGCAGAUGCACUAUGAAUUGCUAAACAAACAAGUAACACAGUUGAAAAUCUUCCAAUUCUUGACCCUGCUUUUGACAGCUUUUACUGUUCUACUCGGGUAUAUGAUCUAUAAGGGGCUAGACGAAGAGAAAUAUUGUGAUCGUAUAUAGCUGUUAAUGCCUUAUGGUGUCCAAGAUACCAUAAUAUUAAAUGGACUGAUAUUCGUAACCCUUUUGUCAAACACGACUCUUUUAGUGAAAUACUGUCAAUUGGUAAGAUCGGUUCAGAAGCUGCAUGUGAUAAAGUGAUUUUUGCAAGUGGGGACUUAUAGGUUGCAAGUGGGGACUUAUAGGUUGCAAGUGGGGACUUACAGGUUGCAAGUGGGAACUUACAGGUAAGUUGCAAGUGUUAUUUUGUAAUUGGCGAGCUUGAGCAAUGUAAUUGCAAUUAGUUUGGUUGCAAUUUAAGGUAUUGCAUUGAAGUAAAAUGCAUAGUUCAAUUGUAUAAAUAAAAUUGAUUAUUGUUACAAUGCAUCGUUUAUGCAAACGCGAAACGUUAAGGGUGUAGGGACCCUAGUUUAGUUCCUAUCCGUUACCUAGAUGGCGUAUGUGUUGCGCAUUCAGUGUAAAAAGUAAAUAAUUUAGCUUUUUUCUCAUUUACCAUUAUUUCUGAGGCUUCAUUUUAUUAGUGCCACAAGAGGUAAAAUAAUAAACUAUUUUCUUUAAAUUAUUGAUUAAAUAUACAUUCCCAUAUAAAAGUAUUUACUAAAUAUCAGUAUUUUUGUUACAAAUAAAUGUAACACAAUUCUUUCUUUUCUUUCUUUCUUUCUUUUCUAAUAUGUAGUAAUCUAAUGGUGCUAAUUCCUGUAAAUACCAUCUAAUUUUAUUUUAAGUUAUAUCUGUCAUUUUCUUAUCCGCCGAAAAGGAAAGGGACGGGUAAUAGACAAGCAUAAAAUUUAUGGAACACACGUCAAUUUUAAGCACAAAUCUAAACCAACCGUCUAAAAAUUUUACAUCAGUCAAUAACCCGACACAUUCAUUUACUCAUUCUUCCUAAAAUUAAGAGCUGUGAAUCAUCCGUCCCUUUCCUUUUCGACGGAUAUGAAAAUGACGGAUAUAACUUAAAAUAAAAUUAGGCGGUGUCUGCAGGAAUCGGGGCCAAAUAUGUAUUAAUAAGUAAUAAAAAGUUAAUUUAAAUAGGAAAUUGUCAAUAACUUCAAACCCAGAGUAAACCUGAAGAGAAUAGGAAGGGUUUAUAUUUUUUUUAUUGUUUGUAGGUUCUCUAGACCUUCAAGUAGUGGCAAAAAGGUGUAGAGCUCAUUUAGCUUAGUUUAUCUAUGACAAAAAUAAUAAUUUCGAUCACCGAAUGGUGUGGCUACACUUACGCCAUCUAUUGACGCUGAAACGUAUAUGGCGCGGGUCCCAAAGCGGACUGUCACUGCAUACGAAUCGCUUCUACGUGAACGCUUCCAUACAUAGCCAUGUGUUUGAUUUUACCGCGCGAUUCCCGCGUCUUCAUAAACGAUGUCAUAGGGAAACUGUCAUGACAAAUUAAGUUACUUGCCUGUCGCAAGUAUAGUAAGUAAAUUAUUAACAAGCUUACUUGUAUAUUGCAUUUCUAUUAUAAUAAGUGAUUUUAUUAUUCGUCUUAAAUCAAGCAAUCAACAAAACAGAUACAAAAUGUUGGACUGUUCCAUUUUGAAGGCUAUAAACUCCCGCCCCUUAUCCCUAAUAGGAUGGGCAGAGCAAUUAUUGUUAGAGGACGCUCUUUGUAUCGAAUUAGGAGAUAAAGUUCAAAGUAUUGUUCAGAAGAAAUUUAAAAUGAGAGAUUUUUAAAAUGCAUUUAUUUGUAGUUAAAAAUAAAUUAACUAUUUCCUUUAUAGUUUGACACCAGUAUUCUAAGAUGUUCACUCUAACCUUCCUCGACUCCAGGCAAAGGCGACCUCCAGGUUUUCCUGGAACUCAGCUCAAAAUCGGUAUUCUUAGAGUGCGCCACAUCCUUCAUCAUCAUCAUCAUCAUCCCAUUAACGUCCCCUGCUGGGGCACGGGCCUUCCCUAUGGAUGGAUAGGGGGAUCGGACCCUAAACCAUCACGCGGGCCCAGUGCCGAUUGAUGGUUAUUAACGACUGCUAAUGCGGCCGGGACCAACGGCUUAACGUGCCUUCCGAAGCACGGAGGAGCUCGAGCUUUUUUUUAUGGUUACCCAUUCUAUGACCGGCCUUUGCGAAAGUUGCUUAAUUUCAACAAUCGCAGACUUCAACCUUAACUCGAGUUAACUCCAGUAAGUCAUAACGUCAUUAAUUUAGUAUUAUUAUGUUGGCAAUAUGACAUGCUCGACUCCAGUGAGUGAAGUCCUCAAGUCGAGGACGUGAAUGUCAACUUGAAAUACCAAAAUGCUCAGCUGAGGCCGAGUCGAGUGGUGAAAGAGUCGAGUAGACAUCUUAGAAUACAGAUGUGAAUUAUUCAUCACAUAUCUAUUAGAAAUUAUUGUAAAGUAUAAUAUUAGUUAUACAUUUUAUUCAUUCCAAAAUUACAUUUAAAAAAAUGUAUUAAAUUGGUUAAUAGUCCAGUUGGACAUGUUGGUUUAUUGAAAGGGUAUUUAUUUAUAUUGGUUUUUAGAUGUUUAUUUAACAUCUCAACUUUUUGUGGGUAUUCGUCAGAUGGCAUUCACUACUUGGCCGGCUGAGGGCUCUAACCCGGUUAAUAUAUAAUAGUAUUAGUUGAAAUAUAGGACAUUUGAAUAGCUGAAUAGCUGUUGCAUCGCCUCUCGAGGUUCGGGUUAACGAUUUGACCGGCCAAGUAGUGGUUCCAAGCCAAUUCUACAAUGAGAACCCCGAAAAUACCUCCUGAAAUAUUUUUGGUACGACUUUCAUAAGACAUUCAUUAGUCAACCAAGGUUUAUAAUUAAUUUAGAAGUAUAUAAAAAUGUUAUUAAUUAUGUGGGUAGAUUAAAAAAUGUAGCAAUGUU